AUGCAGGAACUUCCACAGGUACGGCGAUUUCCCAGCUCUGUUGACGUUCAGGUUCGAUGCUGGGCUGCUUCACGCCUACCCUCUCGAACCUGUGAAUUACAGAUUUCAGCAUGCAGGAACUUCCACAGGCACAGCGAUUUCCUAGCGAUGUUGACUUUCCGCUUCGAUGCUGGGCUGCUUCACGCCUACCCUCCCAAACCUGUAAAUCACAGCUUUCAGCGGGCAAGGACUGCCACAGGCACAGUAGUCGCAAUCUCAGCACCAGCACCAGCACCAGCACCAGCACCAGCACCAGCACCAGCCCCAGCACAAGCACCCGCGCCAUCACCACCACCACCACCACGAGAUUACGAGAAAGAAGAAAUCAAGAGCCUCGCCUCGCCUCGCCCCGCCACCAUGUCUGCCUCUGCCUCUGCCUCCGCCUCUGCCUCCGCCGCAUCCUCCUCUCGCCCGGCCGGCCCCCUCCCGCCUGUCCUGGAAGAGGACAUGUUUUUUGCCCGGCUUUCAGCCACCAUGAACGAGUGUCGCGACGACGAAGCUCGCAUCGCCGUUUUGGAACGGCAUAUUUCCUCGAGUGACAGCCGAAGAAUGAUUUCGAUUGCAUUGAAAGACGCUUGCUUACCUGGAUCGCUGUACAGGGCCGCAGAUUUAAACCUGCAUGCCUAUGCCAGGUACUACCAAGCUCGUUUCCCGGCGCGUUACGAGCAUUUUUACAAUCGUUUUGCAUGGAACACGGAGCUUCGUGCUCAGUUGGAUAUGGUCUCGGGCCAGCUGGUGAAGCAGCAGGAGAAGGUUCCAUUUCUAUGCAUCUGCAUCACCGUCGAAGCCAUUAGAGAGAACUGGCCUGGUUGGGACUGGAAGCUUUCCGGUCAUCAGCAUGACUGGACUCCGGAGUUUUUCGGCACCAGGAUGCUGGACGGUCUGCGAUGGAUUGCUCGUCGGACUGACGACUAUGCCGGAGUAAUGACCCGGCUAAUCGAGAUUGGUCGCGCGAGAGUUCGGGACCGCACAAAUGCUUUUGGGCAGUCGAAAGAUGCCCGCCUCCAGCCGGCCGAUGUGAAAGUCCUUGUGGAGGAGAUGAAGCAGCUGGAGGCUGCUGAAGCCACUCCUCCUCCUCCUCCUCCUCCUCCUCCUCAGAACCGCCGCCGCCGCCACCCCAAGAUCCUGACUGCCGCCAAGGAGGCAUACCUGGCGCUGCAUCAAAAUGAUCAGCCCAGAUCUGAGGGCUCGAUCGAGCAGGGCCGCGCCAGCGACGAUGCCGGCUUGCUGGAAGAGACUCUGGGCGCUGUCUCUCCUCGCCCCUCGCCCCUCCCCUCCUCGCAGCCUCUCCCUGGAUCUUCGACUUUCCGCUCCUCCUUGCGCCGCUCCUCUCCGACUCCCCGCUCUUUUCUGCCCUCCUCUCCGCCUCUCCCUCCCGCCUCCUCUCUCCGCGGGUCAAGCCCUGGCCGGCGUAGGCCUCGCCAGCCCAAUGGCCCGCCUCAUCUCCGCCGUCUUGGGCGCAGUUUUCUGCGUCAACUCCGACGCCAAGCGGAGCUCGAGGAUGCCGCCAUCCUGGCCGAGCGCGACAUUUUGGCACUUGGCGAGCUUAUGCGGCAGCGGCGGAAUACGGCAGCCGCCAUCAACCACCACCAGCAGCUCAUCAAUGCUCUGGAUGGUCACCUGCGCCAUUGGCCAAGACGCAAAACUAUGCCGCUCCGCAGAGAUAAACUGCAGGCUCAGUAUCUUGGACUCGACUGUCCUGGAGAAGCUAAGAUAAGCACAACCAACCCUGGCCACACCAUUCUUGGAGAUCGAACGACGAACCUUUUGCACACCAGACCCAGAGCAGCGAGAGAUCAGCUCAUAUGCGUAAGCAAUCAUGACACCUGGCUGCCAACAAUGACCACUUCAGCUUCUGGAAGAGCGAGAGCGAGUGAGAGACUACACCAAGAGCGUCUAGCAUUGCAACAGCAGAAACAUCGAUGCGACAGGAUGAGCCAGCCUCCAAUGCCAGAGAGAGACGCUGAGUCGGAGCGUGAGUCUGGCGGGAGUCGAGACCAACAUUGCCCCAAAUGCAAACUUCAAUACAGCGAGGAGAUGAGCUCAACUGGCAACGAUGACAGCCUCCUAUCCAUCAUAGUCGGGAGACAACAUUCUGGCGGGAGAGUUCAGAUCAACAUUGCGCCGAACUCCAAUCUCGAUACUGCGAUGAGACGAGCUCAGCUUGCAAGCUCUUGCAUGGAGCACACUUGGUCGAUACCAUCCUGUCCUGAACCAAAAUACCAGACCAACAGUGUCAUCAAGGAUUCGAGUCCUGCGACAACGACGGGAUCAUUGCAGCUUAGAGACUGUUGGCUGUCAAAUCCAACUCGCGUGGGAGGGAGGAGUGCGACACUUGCUGGCAGCGGAUACAAUGCGAAGUACUACUCGCUUCCGACACUCCAGGCUUGUGCUUCGGUUCUGACUCUUGUGGCCAACGACAGACACUCUUCGUUUGGCAUGCUUGUGCUUGGUGGUGAUUCAGACUCGGAUGUCGGGACUGAAGAGAAUGCGGAAGAGGAUGGAGAUGAUGGUGAUGGUGCAUGGCUCGGUGGCAGCCUGAAAGCAGGGAGUAGCUGGCAGCUGGCGACAGGACAAACGGCCGGCGACAACGAUGGGCAUUCAUUGAUUGGCAGACCUAACGAUGUUCAGCAACGCCGGUUCGCGGAUCGAAGCAUGAUCGGGAAUGGCUUUCUUCUUCAAGACCUCCAGCAAAACUUCUCGGUGGCCUCGCCGAGAGAGCAUGGAUUCUCAUGCCCGAAUUUCGAUUCGCGAUGGCAUAUGCUGCAUUUCCACGACAGUCAAGUCAAUAUGCUGAAUGCAAGCAAGCAUACGGCACGAAAGCACCAUUGGCGUUUCUCGAAGCUCUCUGAGACUUUACCGACACCAAGGCUCUAUGGGAAUGAUGAAUCUCCCGAAUUUCGACGUACCCGCCUUCCCGCCUUCCCUCCACCGCAACCUCAAUCCUGCCGCUUCCGAAGCUGCUCCAAGAGCGCACACUCCACGAACAACACUCAUCGAUGUUCGUAUCCGCAAACGCAAUCACCAACCCGACCGACCUUGCAUCCCAAAUCACGCGGAAUCAAUCACAAAUCCCAAGUCCGCGCGUCAUCGGCAGUCAAGGAAUCCACGUCCCGAUUUCCACCGCGAGCGAGCGACGACACCAAGCUUGCUUCGACUACGACUUCGCCUCGGCGAGCCAUCCAUUAUCCAGCAAGCAUGUCGAAAGCAAAAACGCCCAUCAACAACAACAACAGCAGCAGCGAUAUUUUCUGUAACCCGCCCACGCCAACGCCAACGCCAACGCACCUCACAAACCCCACCUCAGCAAUAGCACAAGCCCAAUCUCUCCAACAAGGCCCCGACCUCACAAGCUUCUACUCCCACCUCCUCCGCGCCUACGAAGAACAUCGAGAUCUCUUACUUUUGAUCAAGACCAAUACAACCACCACCACUACCACUACACAGGUAACAACGACGAACAUGGUGAGGUUCAAGAGUUUGGUGAAAGAGAUGGAGGUUUGUGUGGAGCAGAUGCGGGAGGAGGUGGAGGGGGUGUUUGAGAGGGGAGAAGGGAUGGAUGAGGGCGUGAAGGAGUAA